GGUGUUUUUUUUUCUUUCUUCAUGUACGUUCAUAGUGAUGAGGUACUGGUUGAUGGUGAUGAUGAUGAUAAUGAUGCUGAUGCUAGAGACUCGUGGGCAAGGAAGCGUACGUGGGCAGUAAGUAAGACUUAAGUAAGCAACAAAUCUUGGGAAGACAGACGAUCAAGAAAACGACAGGCGAAGAAACGGCAAAUCAUCAAUCCGUGUGGUGAGGACGGUCAACCGGGAAUUUGCGAACUCUCUCUCACACGACAGACGUACUUUGAAGUAUUAUACGGAGUGUGGAAGAGAGACGGGCCAGCCAAGGGGACGAGACGACGACGACGACGACGGUGGAGUUGAGAGGGGGCAACGAGGCACCGAAGAUGACCAAGACCAACGCGCUGUGCUGGUGUGGGCUUGUACUGCUUCUUUUCUUGUGUUGCAUUCAACAAGUGGGAUGCUACCACUCCCUCCGGAAGCGCCUGAUCCCCCAAAGCAAAGAUCUAGCUAACACCGACAGAAACACCCAGGAAGUGGAACAGAGUGAAAUGUAUAAUAGAUAUCGACGAUUUCCAAGACUUCAUACCUGUAUAACUGAUUCGGAUUGCGAGGGGCUGAACCGAGCAUCGUGCUGUGUGACGGUACACACCAGCUCCGUCCGGUUAUGUAAGGAACUCAGUCAGCGGGGCCAUAUCUGUAACAUCUACAGCCGGCCUCACAUGUGGAGCGGGGAAAGACUAGGGCUUCACUGCCCAUGUGAGCAGGGUCUGGAGUGUAUCUCGGACUCGACUUCAUCGUUUGCCAGUAGAGGCACUUGCAUGAACUAGUAGGGGGACAACAAGUAAAGUGCCAACACCUCUCAAAGAAAGAACCCGUGCGACUCUUUCUCCAACUUUAGUGGAGAUGAAAACAGUGUUUAUUGACUAGACUAUAUGACGAACUUACCAUACUCUUUAGCAGAAGGUUCUUCUGUCAAGUUGACUUUAUAAGAAUGUAAUACGGGGAUGUGGCUA